AUGGAUAUAUUCGAAAAGAUUGCUUUUACCAAAUUGAAUUCUGUUGUUUCUAUAGACGUAGUGGAGAAAGAACCUGUGUUGAACAUACCUGUCAUCACUUUUGCCCAUGAGAUGUCAAAUCUUGGAUUCUCCAUCACAAAACAAGUAUAUAACUAUCUUUGUAAUUUGAAGAAUCCAAAUGAAAAGUGUGCUAAAAUAUUAGAAAUAGCUAAAGAAUCUGUUGGAGCUCAUGUGAAAAUGAAGGCAUUCUAUCCAGAUUUCCCGCUUCAAGUGAUGAAUAUGGUUGAAGCUGACUUGUAUUUUUUGGCUGCAAUGCAUUAUUGGAGUUGCGGGUACUGGAAACUCUCUUUUAUAGAAUCAAGUCGACCCGAACUUAAAGAAGUUACCCAUCAAACAACUAUUUCUUUGAUCUCUAUAAAGCAUGUUAAGGCAUAUUUCUAUAAAAUUUUGUCUUCGAAACAAGGUGUCCCAGAAGCGUUGUUAACUUUUGUUGACGCGGCCAUCAAUGAAGGAUGGACUUGUGGGUUUAGUGGGGAAAUUCCAUUCAAAGAAAAUUUAUGUCGUGUAGCAACAUAUCUUGUUAAGAAGGGAGAAUCAAUUAAUAACGUAAUAUCAACAUCGACGGACAUACUACGUGUUAUGGCUUCUCUAUCAGAAUCAGAUAUUGAAUUGAAAAAAAAAAUACGCUUCAAAUCAUUGAGUCGCAAAUAUCGGCGUAUUAUUAUAUUGGCAUUAGAAGAAGUUAUAAAUAUCUCUGAUAUCAAGGCAUAUGAAUCCUUAUGGAAAAUUGCAUUUCAUUCACUUCAUGUAGGCGAGUUUGGUGGAAAAACAGCCGACAUUGCAUCUCGUUUUCGUAAUGAAAAUAAUGUAAAGACAUCUGAAACAAUAAUAGCAGAAGCUAUUAAGGACGGUAACACUAAGUUGGCGAUGGUAAAGUUGAUACAUAAACCGUCCGUGUUUGCACGCUCCCUUGAUAAAUUAUUGAGAGACUCUAAUAAAGAAACAGCUGAAUUUAUUAUAAAACAAUUUGCUUCAAUCAUCAAUAAAAUUGAUGCUAAGAUACUUUUGCAGCUAUUCGGUCAUUUUAAAGGCCGCAAAAUCAAUGAAUCGAGCUCUAGGGUUGUUUUCACGGCUGGAAGCCAAGGAAGAGCUAUCAUGGUUCCCAAACUAACUGAAAUGGAUAAUGAUAUUGUAAGAGGUAUUAUAAAUAUCAUCACCAUCGAGUUAGAGAAACAAUUCUAUAAUAAAGGACAUUUAAAAAAUAGAAAAGUAUAUAUUGGCAUAGAAGCUAAAGGAGUGUUACUACCUUCUCAACUAGCCUCCAUAUCUGACAAUAAAAGAACAAUAUCUCGUGGUUCUAGAGUCCCCAUUGAUAUUAUACCUUUAGAUAUCGAAAAAAAUAUUCUUCGUAUGUUUAUACAUUGGAUUGGUGAUGAUAUAGACUUAAGUGCAUUAUUUUUAAGCGAAGAUUUGAACACACAAAGUCACAUAGCUUUCACAAAUUUGAAAGACGACUUUGCUUGGCAUUCAGGUGAUAUUGUCAAUGCUCCUGGACCUGAUGGUGCUAGCGAAUUUAUUGAUAUUGAUCUCAAAAAAGCACAAGAGUUUGGCAAACGUUAUGUUUGCAUGGAUGUUAGAGUUUUCUGCGGUCCUAGUUUCUUAGAACACGAACAAUGUUUUGCAGGGUUUAUGCUCCGUAAGGAGCCGCAAUCUGGUGAAAUAUUUGAACCUUUAACUGUCCGUUGUAAAUUUGACAUCACCAGUAAAGGCAGAUCAGCUGAUAUUUGUCUUUUUGACAUGAAAACCAGAGAAAUGAUUUGGAUUGAUACCAUGAUAAACCACGGACAGACUGCCAACAGUCUUGCUAAUAACACGGCAAGUUCUGUGUAUAUUAUUCGUGCAUUUCUCAAGAUGGAGCAAAGCAAGGUCAACAUAAAUGAACUAGUAUCUAUGCACGCAAGAGCUGUAGACGCAAACAUCGUUUCACAAAGAGAUGAAGCUGAUUUUACAGUUGGGUUGGGAGAAGGUGAUCUUGACGUAUACAAUUUUACAUCGAUAAAUGCUGAUUGGAUUUAG